UCCCCCUUCCCCUAUUCAAUCAGUUCUCAUCAAUUUUCAAACUAUUCUUCUUCUUAUUAUUUCUUCUCCACCCUUUAUCACAUGCGCUGUGAAAAAUGAAUUUAUCUCUCUAUGUUAGAACAAGAAGAAUUCUAUGUUUGUUUAUACUUAUUAUUUCAUCGAAUAUAGUUCUUGGAUCAACCAAUUGUACACAUUCAUGUGGAAAAAGUUUUCUUCAAUAUCCUUUUGGUUUUUCUUCAGGCUGUCCAAUUCAAUUAAAUUGUACCUCACAUGGGGCAAUGGUCAUUAACAAAUUCCCAGUUCAGGCUAUAACUUCUGAGACCAUUUUAAUUAAUCUUUUAGCCAAAUGUAGCCGUCCAUUUUCUGCAAUUCACAAUCUUUUUAGCUCAAAUUACGCACCCACUUCACGUAAUGGAAUACUUUUCCAAAAUUGUAGCUUUUCACAGUCUAGUUGUUUGAUACCUUCAACUAUGAUUCAAACUCAUUUUGAGCUUCUUGACUGUGGGAAAGAAAAUAUGAGUUGUUAUUCUGAACCAAAUAGUGAGAGUAAUUUUAUUGACUUGAGGAAUUUGUCAAGAACUGGGUGCCACUCUUUGUUUUCUGCAAUAUCUGUUGAGUCAACGUUGAAUGGUUCGGCAGUUUCUUUGGAUGUUCAAGUGGUUCAAUUGGGAUGGUGGCUUCAAGGAAAUUGUCAAUGUUCUUCUAAUGCAAAUUGUACUAAAAUCUUGUCACCUAUUGAUGGGAAAUUGGGAUAUAGGUGCCAGUGUUCAGAAGGUUUUAUUGGAGAUGGUUUCUUAGCUGGCUCCGGCUGCCGGAAAGAUGACACAACAUGCAACCCUUCAAAUUACCUUUCAGGCAAAUGUGGAGGAACCACCAGGGUUGGCGUACUUGUUGGAGGCAUUGCAGCAGGUGCUUCAUUAAUGGUAAGUAUAGGCCUAAUAUGCUGCUUUAUUCGACGAAGAUUGAAUUUCCAAAACAGAAGCAGAAGAAGCCGCGAGCUAUGUGAAACAACGGGGAUUACUAUCCCGAUUUAUCCAUACAAAGAAAUGGAAAAGGCAACCGAUUUCUUCUCUGAGAAGCGAAGACUAGGAAAUGGCGCUUAUGGAACAGUUUAUUCAGGAAAACUUCAAAGCGACAAUUGGGUAGCAAUCAAAAGAAUUAUGAAUAGACAUACUGAUAGCAUUGAACAAGUCAUUAAUGAGAUCAAGCUCCUUUCUUCAGUAAAUCAUCCGAAUCUCGUUCGACUCUUGGGCUGCUGUAUUGAAAAAGGUGAACAGAUUCUUGUUUAUGAGUUCAUGCCUCAUGGAACUUUGUCACAACAUUUACAAAGAGAAAAAGGAAAUGCACUUCCGUGGCCUGUUCGCCUCACGAUUGCAGCAGAAACUGCUCAAGCUAUAGCUUAUCUUCAUAAUGCAAUGCACCCUCCAAUAUAUCACAGAGAUGUUAAGUCUAGUAACAUACUCUUGGAUUAUAAUUACAAGUCAAAAGUCGCGGAUUUUGGACUUUCAAGACUUGGUAUUAUUGAAUCAUCCCAUAUUUCUACCGCGCCACAAGGAACUCCAGGAUAUCUUGACCCUCAGUAUCAUCAGAAUUUUCAGUUGUCUGAUAAGAGUGAUGUUUAUAGCUUUGGCGUAGUUUUGGCAGAGAUCAUAACAGGACUAAAAGCAGUGGAUUUUGCUCGUCCACAAGACGAAAUAAACUUGGCUGCACUAGCAAUUGACAGAAUAGGAAAGGGUAAUUUAGAUGAAGUUAUCGAUCCCUCAAUCGAGCCACAUAUGGAUGCUUGGACGCUUUCGUCUGUGCAUAAGGUAGCUGAACUGGCAUUCAGAUGUCUUGCAUUUCAUCGCGAUAUGAGGCCAUCGAUGAUGGAAGUGGCGAUUGAAUUGGAACAACUUAGAUUAAGCAAAUGGGCAAUUUCAGAAGAUAAUAUUACAGCUUCAUCAGAGGGAUCUUCUAUUUCAUCAGCUUCAGAUGUGAGUGAGAAACCAUUGAACCUUUCAAUUAAGAAGAGAGAAAUGGAUAUAAAAGCUAUAUUUUCGACGGAAAAAAUAAAGGAUUAUUCUCCUGUUUCAAUACAAGAUCCAUGGAAAAGUGAGCAAAGCUCUCCAUCUUGUAGUAGUUUGCUCAAUCAUAUAGUCAAGUAAUGUUAAUGUAAAGGCUUUUCUAUUUUUUUGUAAUUUACUUACAGGAACAUGUAGCUGUUGACAGUGUAGUAUACUAGCAAAAAAUUACUAGCGAGAAUACUGCAUAUGCCAUAUUUGUGUGUAUCUCUAAAGUUUUUUCUCUUCUUUUGUGUUCUUUUUUAUGUAUUUUCCUCUGUGGAUACUUGAUAGUAUAACUAUGCCUUUGUUGCU